GGCCGUCCAAUAAAAGAACUCACCAAAGAAACAUGACUAUAAAUAAUAACACACAUGGUCUAAAAUCCUCACAAAAAAAGAGUACCAAAAACCGAAAGAAAUACAAUUUAAACUUCUCUCUUCGCUUGCUUCACGUCUCUCUCUUUCUCUUUCAUUUUUAUGCUAUUUUAAUCUCACAGCUCUCAUGAUUUUUACAACAACCAGAGUCUUUUAAACUUUAUAUUCUUCUUCAUUAAAAACAAAAAGAGGAUGAAGGAGACAAUCAGGUGCUGCAUCGCCUGCAUCCUACCAUGUGGAGCUCUGGACGUGAUCCGCAUCAUACACUCAAACGGCCACGUGGAGGAGAUCAGUGGCACAAUCACCGCCGGAGAAGUAAUGAAGGCACACCCGAAGCACGUACUCAAGAAACCGUCUUCUUCACAGUCUGACCAUCAAGAACGUGGUGAUCUCAUCUCAGCCACAAAGAUCGUCAUCGUCCCUCCGGAAGCUGAGCUCCAACGUGGGAAGAUUUACUUCCUCGUGCCUGCAGCUAAAUCCGAUAAACGUAAUGCAAAGGCCGUCAAGAAGCGGUCACAGACUCGUCGGCAACGUGAAGAAGGUGAUGAUGAUAAGUCGAAUGGGGAUAAAGAUAAAAGUUACGACACGGAUGUGUCACUGUUGAUAUCUGAUCGGUACUUGACGGAGAUACUGUCGGAAAAAAUCGCGACUCAAAAAGAACGGAGAAAGGGGCGCGUUGGUGUUUGGAGGCCGCACUUAGAAAGCAUAAAUGAAGAUUGAGGAAAACGCAUCGUUUUCUUUCAAAAGAAGGGUCUUCACGUGUUUUUUUUUGCGGCUGCGAUGCGUAUUAUGUAUUUUUAGAAGAUUGGUUCAUAAUAGUCCUUUCAUCAAAAAAAAAUAUUCAAGAGAAAGAUUUUGUUUACUUUGAAGUUUGAAUCAAAUUUCUUAAAAGCAGAUCAACAUCUCUACU